UAUCACAGAAUUCAGAUAAAUUAAAUCCGAUUAUCCAAGCUCCGAUCCGAAAAACUGAAUUAAGUUAAGUUAAGUUUGAAUAAAUAAGUCAUAAAGUUCAUUUACAACAUAAAAAAGAACAAUAGUCUUCACCUCUACUUCAACUUAAAAACAUUAAGCACCUGAAAAACCAUCGACAUGUCGCUCAUGGGAAAGCCAUUAUUGUACUCAUACUGGAGAAGUUCCUGCGCGUGGAGAGUUCGUAUAGCGCUCAACUUGAAGGAAAUCGCUUACGAUAUCAAACCGAUAAGUUUGGUGAAAGCAGGAGGAGAGCAGCAUUUUAAUGAAUUUAGAGACGUUAAUCCAAUGGAGCAAGUUCCUGCGUUGCAAAUUGAUGGAUGUACGUUGGUAGAAUCGUUGAGUAUAAUGCACUAUUUGGAAGAAACACGACCUCAAAGACCGCUAUUGCCUCAGGAUGUUCAUAAAAGAGCCAAAGUCAGAGAAAUUUGCGAAAUAAUUGCUUCAGGUAUUCAACCUUUGCAAAAUCUAACUGUUCUCAUAUAUGUUGGAGAAGACAAACAGAAAGAAUGGGCUCAGCAUUGGAUUAAUCGAGGUCUCAGAGCUGUAGAAAAACUUCUCUGUACUUCGGCUGGAAAAUAUUGUGUAGGUGAUGAAAUCACUUUAGCUGACUGUUGUCUGGUUCCUCAAAUUUUCAACGCCAGGAGAUUUCAAGUUGACCUCAGACCAUUCCCAAUCACAUUGAGAAUCGAUCGAGAAUUGGAAAAUCAUCCAGCUUUUCGAGCAGCUCAUCCGUCCUGUCAACCAGAUUGCCCUCCGGAAGUAGCCAAAUAAAUUGUAUUACUUACUUCGAUAUCUUUAUUUAAAUUUAUUCGGUGCUAAGUACUAAAAAUGUUUUCUAUGAUUUCCAUUCUUUUCUAGUCACCAUUUUCCAUUUUCAACUUUUGAAUAGUAUAUGUUACCUUUGCGUAGGAAAUUAUCGCUAAAAUUUCUCUCAUUUCGAUGUGUGAAUUUAUUCGUGAUUUUGUUUUUCACUUCAAGCGCUCAAAGUUGCGUUUAAUAUUUUAUAGUUUGUUAAUAUUCCGUAUUUUUAUUGAAAAAAGCAUAAAGACGAAGGCCAGAUUGCAAGGAGGAGAAAGCGAUAAGAUAUUUUUAAGGAUAAAAGUUAUCCAAAAAUGGAAAAAAUUCGUUCUAAGAUAAUUCAUUGUGAGUUGGUAUUCCCUCGAGAUGUAUCGAGAUUGUGGGCGUUAUUUCAGCUCGAAAAUAUAGUACAAAAUUUAUUUCGUUUAAACAUUUUACUUACGUCUUCCUUCAUAUUUCAUAAUGCAAAAUGUAUAUAGUAAUAAUGUCAUAUUGCUUAAUUUAGUCGAUGGUGUUCAUUAAUUGGAAAAUAAUUCAACAUUGAGUUUGUAAAAAAUGUAUACCGAUACUUAGUUAUUUAAAAUAAGCUAUUGAAAUAUUGCAAAAUUAUUCCAUUUAGUAUUUAUUCUUUGUAAAAUUUUUAAAAUUAAAGUGUUCCAUUUUUAAA